AGAGGAAACUCGGAUCUGCUUGAUGUUUUGUUGAAGGAUUUGUGUAACUUUAAUGUGAUGAUGUGAUUUAAAGUGUAAACACAGUGUCUGAGACAUGAAGAGAGGUAAAUCUACACACACUGACGCACCAUGACCAACUUUUCCUACAUCUGCACCGUGUGGAUCAGCGUCUGUGUGUACCUCCUCUCUGCAGAACCUGAGAUCAGUGUAUCUGGCCCAGUGGGUUCUACAGCUGUCCUGCCGUGUGAACUGACGAGUGUAGACACUGACAGACUGUAUAUUAGAUGGAACAUUGAAUCUGAGAUUGUGUUUGAGCGACUGAGUGAGAGGUCGUAUCAGGGUGAGGGAUAUGAGGGUCGUGUGGACGUUCCUGUGGAGGAGCUGCGUAAGGGGAACUGUUCACUGGUGUUACACAAUCUGACAUUUACUGAUACAGGAGUCUACACCAGCUACCAGACAGUGAGACGCACCAAGAGAUCUGUGAACUUUAAAGUGGUCUCGAUCAGCCAUGUUAAACUCUCAGUCCGUGUUUCCCGUGGUGAAGACACACCCAGAGGUCUCUCAUCAGCUCCAACAGUAAUGAAGAGUCCUCACCCACUGGUCCUGGUCCUGUCCCUCGUCUCAUGUUUACUCGUCCAGCUCUUCUGUGGAGAAACAUGAGUGUGACCUACAGCUGUGUACAGGACUGUGUGUUUCAAUCACACACAGUAAACUACACACUGCAGCUUUUACACACUUUCCUGUCAGAACUCAGCAUUAGUGAGACUGGACUUUCUUCCAGAACUGAACUUGAACAGGAUUUUGUUCUGGAGGAACCAGUUUGUUCUUCUCACAGCGUGGUGUAUCAAAUGAUCCAAACAUCUGCACUUUACUCUGAGUUAAGCUGGUGUUACACUGCACAGUUACAGCAGAUCUUUAUUAUCAUUACUGAUCACAUUAUACGAGACGAUCUCAAGGACAUUUGAUUGUCUGUUUGAUUAAACAACCUCACCUCCUCUAGUCUCACCCUCAGCACUGGAGUUCCUCAGGGGUGUGUGUUGUCCCCUCUCUUAUACUCCCUUUUCUCUCAUGACUGCGUACCUGCCUCUACCUCAAACAGCAUUAUCAAGUUCACAGAUGACACCACGGUGGUGGACCUGAUCAGAGGUAACGAUGAGACGCUUACAGGGAGGAGAUCCAGCACCUAGUAACAUGGUGUGAGGACAAUAACCUGGAACUCAACACCAAGAAGAUGAAGGAGGUCAUUGUGGAUUUCAGACGAGCUGGAAAUCACACACACACUCCCAUUCACAUUAACAGAGCUGUUGUUGAGCGUGUACCCAGAUUUAUCUCUGAGGACUGUCGUGGCAAAUUUUGUAACCUGCAGCAAUUUUCUAAACACAAACCCAACAACUACUUGAGCAUUGAAAGAGCAAAAAAGUUUAUUGCAACCAAAAGUAAAUGGACAGCACUGGACUGGCCAGCCAGAAGACAACAAACACCCCAUGAAAAAACAUUGUUUGCUCCUCCUUAAGUCAAGAAACUACUUAAUAUUCAUGAGAUGUAAGCCAUUUCUGCUCAGGUCAGAUUGAUGUGGCACCUCCCCAUUAUGUAAUUUUCCCCUCUCAUCUCUUAUUUAUUCAUGUCUGGGUUGGCCUUAAAGAUCUUGUUUUCAUUUUUCCCUUUUUUGGGAAAAGUUUGGUUUCUUCCUGUUUUCUUAACCAGACUAUUGAAGACUUGGGUUUUUUGUCAGAGAAAGUUUUAAGCUUUUUCUAAGAUGCAUAAUAAUCUUAUUCUUAUUUUCCUAUUCCUAUUUCUAUUCACUUUCUUUAAAGUUAUUGAAAUAAUUUAUUGGUUAAUUUUUAGUUUUAUUAUACUUUAUUUAUUUAUUCUUUUUAUGAUCAGAAGAUUAUAAUGCAUUUUUGGACUUAAUAAUUAGGGUCUAAGUACACCCUGACUAAGUACAGUUAGGGUCAAU